ACAAACUUAGCAAGGUUCUGGUGCAUGUGAUAAUGUUAGGGUGGUUGGUUAUGUUUCAUAUCAGUGAAUCAGUGAAUUUCAGUAAAUAAACUUGAAAUUGUUUACACCUUUUAGAUUUUGCAAUCCCUGUAGUCAUUGAAAUAAGAUGACUGUCAAAACAGAUGUAAAUUUUAGAAUAACAGGCCCUUGUCUGUCAUUACUUUUACGGGACUGUGAGUGCAGUUUGUCAGAUCAGAUGGGAUUUCUUGUAGGUGAGAAGUCUAGUGUCACAAUACAGACGAUAAGUGAUGCUGAAAUGGAGGAGGAAAAGAUUGAAACGACAAUCUCCAUCAACGGAACCUUUCCUGUUGGCCUCCCAUUUGUGUUCUGCAGUUCUCUUGGUAGAGUGGAUGAAACUACAUUAAAAGAAGUUUUAGGUAGUGUUGAAAAGGAAGUAGUGGGCUGGUACAGUUUCCGGCGCAACUGCAACCACAGUAUUUCACUCAGAGAAACAAUUCUACACAGAGAGCUGAGAAGAGUCCUGGGUCAUAGCGCAGCCCAGUUCUUUGUCUUCUGUAUCAUAACAACCUCAGCAACCGAUCGGAACGCCACACAUUCCCUCAGGUUCACCUUCUUCUCCCAGAAUCACAGAAGACUGCAACCUGUGUCAGUUGUAGAAACAAAUCUUGGUGAACCGGAGGACAAUGUUUAUAGAAAGAGUACUGCAGUUGAUGAUUCCUUUAAAUGUUUGCAGCAAGUCUUUCAGUCUGUCAAUGGUGUUAAUAAUUCUAAAAUGGCGAUGACAAUGCUACAUACGGAAAUGAAUAAACAUUUGAACACAUUACAGAGCAGUGUUUCCAAGCUACAACAUCAAGUUCACUCGCACUUAAAAAAAAGCAGUUCCUGUAGUUAUAGUUGUGCAGUUGUAGACCAGAAGUCAAGAGGGGACGAAGUCAUGGCGUCAACAUCCAGCAAAAUUACUGCAGCCGAUCUCUCUCAGGAAUACUGACGUUGGCAUUUGGCCCUGGACUAUUUAGUUACCCAAAUGAACGAUUAUCAAACGCUUUGUAUAGUUUUAACUAUAUUUACUAUAGUAUCAUUAAAUUGUUUGUUUUUGUAUAAACAUAAAAUGAUUGUGUGUAAAUAAACAGUUUAGGCUAACAGUUAAAACUACUUAAUUUUGUAAAUACUGCCAAUAAGUGGCCUUAGUACUGUAAGAGGGUGUCAGAUAGUAAUAUCAUGUGUGACCUUAUUAAAGACUAAGUUGUAUUUUAUUAACUGUGGUGAAACACAUCUUUGUUAUUUAAUGAGAAGUGCUCUUUAUGGAGAUUUAUUUUUAUUCUUUGGUUAAUCUUUUGAGACAGACAUAUUUUGUACUAUACAUUCCUAAAAAAUGAACCUUUGAUUAAAAAAAAAUUACUGAUGACAGGUAUUUUAACUUUCUACAUUACUUUACUUUCUACUACUUUACAAUGCAGUACUUAUGCCUUUGUAAUAAAAUUGAACAUGAGUUUUACUUUUUUGUUACCAGUUGGUGAUCAUUACUAGGUAUUGACAGGCUUCAAAAUCGAGUUCUAUCUUCUACAAUACCUACUACAUUGUUCAAUGUAUAAUAAGCAAUUUCAAUUUAAUUUUAUUCAGUAUUAAAAUUAGUAGACUUUUUAAAUUUUGGAAAGUUUUAAGUAAUAACCAAUGUGAAUAGUUAAUUUAAAAUUGUAUAAACAAAAAGCUUAUAUUCUCACAUCUUAAACAAAUUCAGGAUAGCCACCCAAGUGUGAAAAUUGGAAAUAAGAUAGGAAUACAAGGUGUGGCUAUUAAAUAACGAGACUGACUUUGUAAAAAAAUUUAUUUUAAUUUCAUACAUAGCUACUUGAUAUAAACUCCUUCUCUAUUCUUACAACGCUCCAUGCGAAUUUUCUAUUUUUGGAAACCGUGCUGGAGUCAUCUGUCAGCUCCUUUAGGACAUGUGCCACUUUUCACAAGACUCAUAUCUUGGCCCUUUUAAUGCAGAUUUCAUCUUAGGGAACAGGUAGAAGUCACAUGGUGCAAGAUCUGGUGAAUAAGGUGUAUGUUCUAACACUGGGAUGUUGUACUUGUCUAGGUACCUCUUGACAGAUAACGUGGAAUGAGUUGUCGCAUUUGUCUUGGUGGUGAGCCCAUGAUUUGUCCAUCCACAUUUCAGUGCUUUUUUUCCUUACUCUUUGACAUAGUUUAGAAAAUACCUCAAGGUAGUAAUAUUUAUUAAUUGUUUGACCUUCAUAAACUCAGUGAAGGUACAAUCUCAUGGCUAUAAAAAAUUAUCUUUGCUUUAAAUUUUGACUUGAUCAUACAAACUUUUUUUGCUCUAGGUGAAGUUGGGCUUUUACAAUGCAUAGAUUAGAACAUUGUUUCUGGAUCAUUAUAAACAUCAUCAUACACAUUCUUUAUCAAUACCUUCAGUUUUACCAAUUGCACAAAUACUUUUAAUUUUGAAAGUAAACAAUAUUUUCGAGCUUUCUCCUGGGACCCCUGGUAUAUUAAUGUAUUAAAUUGUUGGGUUAUUUCCAGUUUUCCUAAUUGAGUGACCAUCCUGAAUGCAAUGAAGGUGUAAGGAAGUGGUUUUGCAUUUAUAAUUUAAAACCAACUCUAGUUAAUGUAUAUAUCUGUGUUUGUGUGAUUGACGAUAUUUCUGCAAAGCUGUCCCUUACAUCAUUUUUCCAAGGUCAUUCACUACCUAGUGUAAUAACCCUAGUUAAAUCCCACCUUUAAGUCGCAUAAUAUUGUGGAUAUUUCAGAGGUUUUAAUUACAAUCUAUAAAACACAUUAUUCUAGCUUGAACCACAGUUACUUUUCUAGUAAUAUUAAAAUUUGGUCCAAAAUACCUUGUUUGGUUUCAACUUAAACUAAAAAACAAGAUGCAAAGUUUAUGCCUACAUUUUUAUAAAAUGCAAUAUUAAGCAGACUGGUUUUCCCUAUUCAAUUUCAGGAAAAACCUUUGUAAUUUCAUGGUAAAUAAAAAAUUAAAUUGUGUUGUCGUUACAGAAUUUCCCUGUACUUCAUUACUUUAUUAACCAAAACUUUCACAAAAUUGAAAGUGGAAUUACAAUCAGAGUUUCUUUGUUUUUAAAAUUUUUUAUAGUAACAGACCAAUCUUGUAUUAUAAAAGUUCUGAACUGUAAUUAUUGUGGCACUGUGGUAAUUAUUGUGGCACUGUGCGUCUCUAUAAUAUGCAAUGGUAAACUUUUGUUGCUUCUUAGCCUAUUUAUAGUGUGGCUCGUUCUUUAUUCUUACUUUAAAUUUUUUAUCAAUUGGAUUUGUUCCAAAAACCAAAACAAGUAGAGCAUUUGGACGUACAUGUCACUAAAUAGAAACAUUGAAAGACACAGAGAUCAAAACAAAGGAUCAUCACCACAUCGUCUCCUAAAUACAGAUCUUUAUUAAAUUAAUCACUGUGAUAAAGAAAGGAUUAAACAAUACAUUUCAUUAUAUUAGUAAUAAUCAAAGAAAUCACGAAUAUUCCAUUGGGAUUAAAAAAAAAUACUUUUUUGUAGUUAACAUGAAAUUUUAUUUAGAUUUUCACCUAAUUUUAAAUAUGUAACAAUUGAGUUCAGAAAUUGAAAUGAAUAUUUGAUAUCUAAAAUUAGUAUCUAUACUGAAUCCAUGAAUAGUAUUAAAACAGUAGUAACUAAAAUACAAUAUCUUUAAAAUCAUUCAUAUGUAAUAAAUUGUGGUUUUUAAUACAGUCUCAAAACGGUUAACUGUGUUGUGUCAUAAUAAUUUUAAGUACAAAAUGCCCUUAGUCUUAAAAUAUUUAACAAAAGGAAUUAUUAAAAGAGGUGUCAUUAUUAUUUUUAAGUAAUUUUAUUUUUUAGUUUUACAAGUUUUUAUUUUUGAUUAUGCAAUAGAAACCUAGUUUUUUAUACAGAUAAAUAAAUAGAAUAUAAAUUUGCAAAACUACAUAAUUCUACAUUUUACUUUUCCAUCUUAAAUUAUUUUGUUAUUCCAUAAAACUGGCAUACACAUACAUUAUGUGAAACAAUGUUCAUUAAAAUAUAUAUAUAUAUAUAUAUAUAAUACCAAAUAUUGUUUUUUUCCAGUUUUAGUUAAUUUUGUAAUUUAUUUCAAUGGAGUUUUUUUAUUAGUUAUGAAAAUUACAUUUAUAACUAAUAUCAUGGUGUCAAUUAUAUUAAUGUUUAUUUCAUGAGGUUUUUUAAGGAGCAAAGUUGAUGAGGUAUCAAUAAAAAUUGUGUAUUAUACUUACAGUUUUGAACUACACCUAUUGUUAAGGACAAACUUGGUUUAUAUGGUAUCCAGGUAUAACUACUUAAAACAUUUCAAUUUAAUAUUUUACAUCAAAUAAACUAUUUGAACUUGAAUGCUGAA